AUGCUAAAAGGAAGGACCUAAAUAAUGUUAUAAAAUAAUUUAUAAACUUAAUAAUAAUAUAUUUGUAUAUCUGGCAAAAGAUUGCCUCAAGUUAAUCGAGUUUUGAUGAUAUUAUUAAAAAAUAAUUAAAUAGUCCAAAUGGGUUGAAGAACAGUAGUCGAAUGAUGACGAGGGACAACAAUAUCAUAUCAUCUGGAAAAUCAAACAAAGAUCCAAUCACAACACCUCCUAUAUCCAACUGCUCACAAAUUGAAAGAAUAUUAUUCAAAUUCAGACCUCCACACAACAAUCCACCAAAUCUCCACCGAUAUCCGUACGCAAUCCUUCAGGUGUUUGUGCAUUUGCCUAAAAGAGAUAUUCAUCAGUGGAGGUUAUUAUAAGUUCAUAUCACGAGCUUGCAGAGAUAGGUGAAAUGGAGAUGUCACUGUUAAAGGCACUUCUGAAAAACAUUUCUGCUUUUCUUCAUUUGUCGGAUAACAAAUGUAGUGAAAUUGUUGAAAAGUAUUACAUCAAGAAUGAACAAGUGCUUAAGUUGAUUAAACCGGUGCUCGAGUCUAUUGUUGAUGCUGAUGUGGCUUCGGAUCAAGCGUUACAAAAGGAAUUUGCGGGGAUGAGUCAGUCUGUCGAUGAAGUUCGGGAGCUUUUUGAAGAAUCGCAUCCGUUAAUGAGUAAAGUUUACUUUGUUUUGAAGGCCGAAUCGUUGGUUACAAAAGUUCAAACCCAUUGUCUGGAUAUCCUUGAGCUGCUGCAAUCAUGCGAAGGGCUACCUGUUGAACUGAGUUCAGCGUCACUUGAGCACUGCGUGCAGAAAAUUAAACAUAUGGGAUAUGAAAAGCCAUCGGCAAUUAUCUCAAAAGCGAUAAAAGAACAAGUGGAGGGUAACGAACCCAGCUCAGGUAUCAGGUCAGAAAUUGCGGAUUUGCUUAGCUUAAAGUCAAAUCAAGAACUUUUAAUCGAGUUGGUAGCCCUCGAAAACUUAAAGGAGGAUGCCGAACAGUUAGAGAAGAUUAGGGAUGUAGAGUAUAUCGAGGAAAUGAUUAAUCUUGUUACUCACAUGCAUGAUUGCUUUAUUGAAAUGAAACAAUCACAGAGCUCUAACACUGUACCGAUACCACCCGACUUUUGUUGCCCGUUAUCACUUGAACUCAUGACUGACCCUGUGAUUGUAUCUUCUGGUCAAACAUAUGAACGGGGGUAUAUCCGUAAUUGGAUUGAUCUUGGUCUUACUGUUUGCCCUAAGACGAUGCAAACCCUUGUCCACACUAAUCUUAUUCCUAAUUACACCGUUAAGGCAUUAAUCGCAAGCUGGUGCGAGUCGAACAACGUUAACCUGCCAGACCCUGUGAAGUCGAUGAUCCGUCAGGAAGAAGCUUCGCUGAUGAAUCAUGUCCAUUCAUCUUCGGAAGAUUCGAUGCCUGAGCUGGAAAACGAGAGUGUUGAACUAAAUGAAUCCGGGGAAAGAAUUGUGGAUUUGGGUGGACCUGCUGCCAUAUCGCCGCCAAGAAACGAAUCACCAGGUGGCGGUGGAGCGGAUGACGGGUCGGUGGAACACUCGCAUGGUUCAAAUGAAGAGUCUUCACCACAGGUGGUGACGGGAAACAGUAGUGACGCUUCAGGGGAGGUGAUGGCAGAGGCUCACCCCGCCAUGGCCGCCACGAGUGCCGCCCCACAAACGGACCCGCAUGAAUACUCACCGAGGUUCCGAACCCGACCACGGAAUCCGAUAUGGCGAAGACCGUCUGAAAGAUUCGGACCGAGAAUCAUUUCUUCUGUUCCUGAAACCCGGUCCGAUCUCGGUGAAAUUGAAACCCAGGUAAAAAAAUUGAUUGAUGACUUGAGUGGCACUUCACUUGAUACGGUAAAAAAUGCCACUUUCGAACUCAGAUUACUUGCGAGACACGAUAAGGAUAUUCGAAACGUCAUAGCAAACUGUGGGGCCAUCAACUUGUUAAUCGGCCUGCUCUAUUCACCCGACCAGAACAUCCAAGAAAAUGCUGUUACCGCGCUUUUAAACUUAUCAAUAAACGAUAUCAACAAAACCACAAUCGGUAAUUCGAACGCGAUCGAACCGUUAAUCCACGUCCUCGAAACCGGGAGCUCAGAAGCCAAAGAAAAUUCCGCUGCGACACUAUUCAGUCUCUCGGUAAUUGAAGAAAACAAGAUAAAAAUCGGGAGGUCGGGAGCCAUCGGGCCUCUCGUCGAUCUACUAGGAAACGGGACCCCAAGGGGAAAGAAAGAUGCAGCUACGGCUCUGUUUAACCUAUCAACAUUUCAUGAAAACAAGGGGCGUAUUGUGCAGGCAGGUGCUGUUAGGUUUCUUGUGGAUUUAAUGGACCCUGCAGCCGGGCUGGUUGAUAAGGCGGUUGCGGUUCUAUCGAAUCUAGCUACGAUUCCGGAGGGUCGAGCUAGGAUUGGUCAGGAGGGUGGGAUACCGAUGCUUGUUGAAGUGGUGGAAUUGGGGUCAGCUCGAGCGAAGGAGAAUGCUGCUGCAGCACUUUUACAGUUGUGUACUAAUAGUAACAGAUUUUGCAACAUGGUACUUCAUGAAGGAGCUAUUCCACCGUUGGCAGCUUUGUCACACACGGGUACCCCGAGAGCCAAAGAAAAGGCUCAGUCGCUUCUUAGUUUCUUUAGAAAUCAGAGGCAUGGAAAUGGAGGGAGGAGAUGAGGGUUGGUUUUUCAAGUAGGUUUUGUAUACUGGUGUAAAUUUAGUGUUGAUUUGUGACAGAAAAGAAAAGGGGAAACGGGAUACAUGAUUUUUGGAGGUUAGUUUUCUCAUGAUUUUUAUGAAGUUCAUACCUGUUUUUGCAUAGGUUUAUUGUAGUUUUGUGAUUGUUUUUCAGUAUUGAUCAUAAGGACGAAUGACAUGACUAAUAGUUGAAAUUUGUUCUCUCUUUUCAUCA